ACCUGUCAGACAGAAUCAGUGCUUCUCGGGUCGUCGAGGGGUGGUGUACACUGAGAAAGUCCCAGUUAUCUGUGUAUAAACGACAUCAGUUGACUGAAAAAUUGACAUUUAAAGUAUUCUUGACAAUGUUUCAUCUUGAUGCUGCCUGCAGAUGAUCGGAGAAUCAACUGAAGUCAGGCAUAGCCACGAGAUAACGGAAAGUGUGGACAGAAGAUGCUCCUGCCUCGGAGAUGGUUUGAGUGAAGAUGGGGGAGAGAAAGCUGAUUCAGCAGCGGUGUUUAGCAGUGCAGCUAGUCAAGAAGGAAGUUACCAUCUCCUCUCCUGCCAGUGGUGACAGCAGUAGUGGGGACACUGCCACGCCUGUCAAUGAUCCAUCCACAGCCACUCCAGCGUCCACCAACCAUCAGGAUGGCCUACACCUCUUUCGGGUAUGGCAGGCAGCCAAUGUGGCAUGCACCUGGGACAAAGAUUUGGUGGAGGCAGCAGGAGCUGUGCAGUACCUGGGCCACUUGGUGGGUGGAGUAAUAUUAGUUGGAGGACCUGCCAGUGCCUUGGGCACCAUCUCCUUGGCAUGGUCCAGAUCACUGCUUGCAGCACCCCCAGGAUACUCACUAAACAUGCUGGGAGAGGUUCAGGGCUGGAGUGUAGCAGUUGUUCCUCAGGGUCAGUUCACUCCACUGGCUGAUGCUCUUUGCUGGGUGGUACACCAUCUAACCAGGGAAGGUUGCAAGGCAGGGGCUGAGGCUGUGAGGGAAGCCCUGGAGUCAUCAUUCCCUACCAUGAUGUCACCUUCUCCUUCCCAUGUGCAUGCCACCCUUUCCAGUCUCAUCCAGCAGUGUAAGGUGUACUACACUGGAGCUACUUAUGGCAUUGUCCAGCCAGGCACUUACCUUCCCUCCAUAACACCAGUGGAUGAAGCUCCAGUCUUGCCCAAGGAAGGCCUUGUCAGUGUUGCUGCUCAGACAGAUUUGGCUGAACUAAUCACUGGGGCUGCUCAUGCCUCAGACACAGUCAUUACUCCCACUUUAUCAGGUGAAGUGAGUGGCAGGAAGGUGAAGGGAACUCUGGACACAAUGCAUUUGAGUCACCAUCAACUUCACCGCAACCACCGCCACUACAGUUCUGGCCGUGCUGCUUCACUCAGGCUGUCCCCAACAAGAGUCUCUCUCCUGGUCUCUCAUUAUGCUGCUGCUGCCACUGCCACCGUCCAUACCUACCAGGCACAAGACUUCUCAGACAUCAGCAUCAGAGGAGAGCGAGGCUCAGUGUUCAGCAAGCUUCUAAGGGUUCCUGGUCGACGCCGCAUUGCCUCUUUUGCUGCUCAGUUUCCUCCACCUGAGUGGAGUGAUAGUCAUGCCCCUAUUGUCCAUCUUCACUCUGUAGCCGUCCAAACUUCCAGUCAGCAGGGUGAGGUCAAAGCGUGGCAUGUAUCAGCUUCUCAGUGGACUCCUCGGUCUGCCACACUUCCCCGCCGUCUCAGACGACCUCAUUCCUCUACUCCACCACUUCCUGAGAGUCAACAUUCCUCCCCAAUUCCCAGGGGGUUCACCUCUCUACUCCAUGUUCACACAUCACCUCAGCUGGGGGCUUCUCGCUCCCACAGUCGUACUGAGAGGAGGUGCAGAACUCAUAGGUAUCAAUCACCAGUUCACCAGAGAAGUGAAAACAGAAGUUGCCAUUCAUCAAGCAGUGAAGAUAUUGCAGACCACAGACAGCUGUUGCCACCAGUCAUUCAGAAUUUCAGUACCAAGGGAAAUCACUCUGAUAAUAUAGGUCACAGAAACAAAGAAUCAGGUGUAGUUUCUGCUAAUAUGGUAUCCAAAGUCAGUUAUAUGCAUCAGCCUGUAGAUCCAUCUAAAUCUGAAGAAAGGCUCUUAGAAGUGUUGCAAGACUGCCAUAUGACAGGUGAUAAGAAUGAAAUUCCUGUUGGAAGGCAACAAAGUCCAAGACAGAAACAAGAGAAAGUAGGGCAUAGGUGUCCCACAAGCCAUCCUGCACACAACAAACAUGUCAAGUCCAAAAAACAUAAACCUCCUGAUGGCAGAUUUGAGAAAAAUCAGCAAGCUGGAAAUUCCAAGUCAACUAUAGAAAAUCAUGUCCACAUUGUUACUGAGGCUGAUACACCUAAUGGUAAGAAAGCAAGUAAGAAAAUAGGAGAGCCACUCCAGAGUGAAAAUGGCAAAGAGAAGCAUCAUUAUCAGCGAUCAAGUCUUCAUUUGGAUCUCACUUCAGACCACAUGAACAACUGCCGAAAGGUGGUAGCUUCACCUCAACGGCCUCAUGGUCUAACUACUAACCUUCUUCAUCAAACUCCUGAUAUUCAGCACAUCACUAAAGGUUCCACACCUGAUUUAACCUCACGAAAUAUGAGGUAUCAGGAUGUUGAUAAGUGUCACAAAAAAAUGUGUAGCCAAACCCUAGACCAGGUGCAGAGACCAGACACUUAUGUCGUUCAUGGUGGGAAACAGGUAACCUCCCCAGGAAGUUCUGAGGAAGGAGAGGUUGGACAUGAUAAAAAGUCUGUCAGCACUUACCCAAGUCUGUCUGAGCUGAAUCUAACCUUUAGUUCUUUGGCAGCACAGAAGAUACUGAGUGGUGCUAGUGUCAACAGUUUGGACACUUUGGCAGAAGUUAAUCUGGCAGCCCUUAAACGCAACACAAACACUGUGGCAUCAGCUCUUACAAAUACUGAUCUUGGGUUUGUAUGAGGCAGAUGUUUUGGAAAGAUUUGUAACAAAUAAGCCCAGUCAACAUAUUACCUUACUUGGAUAUUAUUGCAGUAAAUGUGAUCCAACUGAUCUCAGCACUGAUACAUCCAUAGCAAGAAACCAGUCUGAUGUUGGCUUUGCUGGUUUGUGAUCUCAAGUAUAUACAGUGUAACCACUGACAGCUUGAUGUGAUUACUGUAACUUUAUUUCUGACUGGUGGUUGCUGUACUGACCAUUGACAAUUGUACUGGCAAUGCAAACAAAUUGCCUCAUCAGUGAUUCACUUGAACUCUGACAAUACUGGCUUCUAAACUUUUACUCAGGUCUAAUCUUUCUUAUUUGAAAUGUAAAUGACUAAUGUAGAUCAUAGAGCAUAGUAUUUGUAAUAGCAAACAUUGCCUGAUCUAUAGAUAAAUAAGUGCUUAUAAUGAUGUGUAGUACAAAAAAUGUGCUCAGUCAGUACUUUCUGUCAAGAUUGCAUUUUUAUGCUUACAAGCAUUUCUAAAUAUUAACAAUGCAUUACUCAUUAGUUAUGAAUUUUCUAUAGAAAAUGUGUACAAAGUAUAUUUAUUUAGCAGGGCUGAAACUUGUGGAUUUGUAAACCAUAAAGUAUUAUUUGUAGUCAUUUAAUAUACAAAUAACAAGAGCUUUUUUCAUACAGUGUUAACAGUGAACCAGGCAAUGACUUGUGUAUACAAUGAUACUUGACACAGGAAUCAAAUAAGAAUACUGUGGAAAACAAAAUAUAUAAAUCCAUACCUCAUUUGUAUUAACAAUAUAAUUUAUAUUCACUUUUAAAGACUUUGUUUUACAUAUAAAAUAGUUUUAUCAAGAAAUUUUUGAAUAGUAAAAAUAAUGCUUAUCUAUUAGAUACAUUUUGUAGAAAAAGAACAUUAUAUUUAUUCUAGAAUUUUGAGGUGUGUGGUGCACCUGGCUUAUAAGCAUAACCACAACAGCCUGUUUGGCACCACCUAAAACAACCUCAGUUUGGCACCAUCUAAAGCUUUCCUUAUAAUUUCUUUAAAGGUUAUGAAAAAAAUAGCACUGAACAAGGGGACUCUGGGUCACUUUGUACUUGAACUAUGCAGCACCACCAUCCUUAGUGGGCACACCUUAUUUUCCUGUUACUGCUUGACCUGGCAAAAAGGAAGCCACUAGACCUGUUGAACUACAAGAUGAAAGGGAUCUUAAAACUGAAAUAUUUAUUACUAUUUCUAUUUUGCAAGUAUCACUUUUUAUUGCAUACUAAUAUCUAACGGACUAAUUUAUCUGUUUUGAGCACUUUUUUUGCUAAUAUGUUGAAGUUCGAACUCUCAGAAGGUGCAUGUUGUUAUUUCCUGAGGCCUAAGCUAUCACUACCACCACAAUAUAACACAGCAGUGAGAACCCAUUAGUCAGUACACUACAUUCAGAGUAAAGUUAGCUCUACUGACUUAACAAUUUGAAACUGGGGUCUUUAGCAUCCAAUUUCUGUUGAGAUUCAGUAUUUCAUUAUACAUUCAAGAAAAAAAUAUAUUUGCUAAAUAGUAACAUUCAAGAAAAAUAUAUUUGCUAAAUAGUAACAUUUAAGACAAUGGCACUACAAAGCCUAACAUUUUUGUGGACAAGAUUUGUGUAAGAGUGUGGCUGAAGCAAGGUAUGCAAUAUGUAUUUCCUGAUUCUAUGGAACUUUGUAUACAGUAAAUAUCAGUUUGUUAGCAACAACAUUUACAAAAGACAAAUUUUUUUUUUAUCUGAAUUUGACUUUUUCACUAAUGUGUUUAAUUUCCAUUAUCAGUUUGUGAAUACAUUAUUUGCUUACUUGUGGGACAAAAUACAAAUACAUUUAUGCAUUUUCUCAUACCUAGCCAAUCAUCCUGCUUAAACAACACUUUCUGGUUUUCUGGCCAACUCAAGGUGGUGGUGUUUUCCCUUCCUUCUAAAACUGGGUUUAAUUCAAGACAUCCCAUGAUGACCAUAGCAUUUUACAUACACCUUGUGUCCCAUGAAGCAUCACAAACAACAUCCUUUUUGCCUUGAAUGCAUACAUCAGACUGAUAGAAGGAAAAAGCACAAACUUUCAACCUAGUAAGAUAUUUUAACUUGUGACAUGCAUGAAUUAUGAAACAUCACCAUAACCUCAUUUCCCAUACUGAGCAGAAAGUGGGCAUAGAAACUGAAAACCUUCAGUUUAAUAAAAUGAUGAACCAUUUGAUCACCAUUCAAAUGCUCAGGAUCCCACAUCCUAAUAUCUAUCAAAAUACCAAGCUGACAUCUUUUAAAGAUGAGGUAGCAGAGACAACAUGUCUCACUGUUGUAAUAAAGAUAAAGAGGAGGUGGUCUCAAGUCUCCUCAGUUCAUCUCUUAAAGUUACCUUUAACAACAAACAUACAAUUAUAUCCUCAUUACCAUUACUUUCACUCCAUGGCCUCAUCAAGCUUGCUCUUUCUCAAGUGUCUUCAAAAUACCAUAUCUUUCACUUGUAGCCUCAUUCCAAUUCACUAAGUAUAUUGGCAGCAUUUUGUAUAUUACAUGCCAUGGAAGAAUGUAAUUUAACAAAAAAAUAUAGAUCUUCUCAAAUUUAACCAUACAUACAAUGUCAUUGGUUAACACUGGUGUCUCAGUGAGUGACAAUCAGCUGUAAGAAAAGCUUCUUACACUCUGGUGCUACAUUUCUAUGUAAAAGAUUAGAACAGCGGCCAUAUGGUACUGACUCAAAAGUAGCUACAUAUCCACUAAAAGACAAAAUUUUUGGCAUGACCUUUAUCUUCUCCAUGUCUUACCCAGAAGAGAAAGCAACUUACAGCCCAUUAGUCAGUCUCAAGUCCUGUUUGAGGUCCAUAUGGCUCACCUUACUAUGAACACACAACAGGCUAGUGACAUUUUGGAAUAUAUAUAUAUAUAUAUAUAUAUAUAUAUAUAUAUAUAUAUAUAUAUAUAUAUAUAUAUAUAUAUAUAUAUAUAUAUAUAUAUAUAUAUAUAUAUAUAUAUAAUCAAACUGGCAAUCCCACACGAGGUGGCCCAGACAAAGCACCACCACACAGCACACACACACACACACACACACACACAUACAUCCUGUAAACUCAGCCAUCAGCCCUGUCAGGCCCUGGUGGAAAGGGACUCAUGGACCAUUGUACUACAUCCACUGGGUAUAGCACAGCUGGCCACAUGUUUUAUAUAUAUAUAUAUAUAUAUAUAUAUAUAUAUAUAUAUAUAUAUAUAUAUAUAUAUAUAUAUAUAUAUAUAUAUAUAUAUAUAUAUAUAUAUAUAUAUAUGCUAUUCAUGGAAAUUUACCUGCAGGUUAUUAUAUCUUGUUUAGUUUUUUCUCUAAACCUUCUCAGAAUGGAAAGGUAUGACAAAAAAAAAAAAAAUAAAAUAAAAAAAAUAGUAAAUCUUGCACAGUUCUUGUACUUUUGUGUGUGUGUGUGUGUGUGUGUGGAGAGAGAGAGAGAGAGAGAGAGAGAGAGAGAGAGAGAGAGAGAGAGAGAGAGAGAGAGAGAGAGAGAGAGAGAGAGAGAGAGAGAGAGAGA